UACGUAUUUCCAUGUGCACCUCGACAUGCUGUUCUGUUGGGAAAGAGUUCAUUCACUUCAUUCACAUGGUUUUAUAUAUAUGUUUAUUUUGUAAUAGUCGGCUUCGGCUCUUUUCAUUCGGACAACUUGAAUCAAACUUGGGAAACAAAACUCCAGCUGGAUUUAUUGUGAACUUAACAAAAUAAAUUAGUAAAAUCUAACGUUCAUAAAAUUAUUAACUUGAAACAGACAUCUUUUUAAAGUCGCUCAGUUGUAAUAUUUACACGUUCAUGCAAUGCAAAACAAAGUUUUUUUAUAUAAAAAAUAUAAUAAUUUCUAGUACUUAGCACUUAGAAAUUUUCUGCGACAAAACGACCAUCAGCUUAAUGGAGGAGGCGCUAUCAAACACGCUGAUCUUGGAUAAAAUCAUAUCAAGAUUUCCUGGAAAUUCCAAAGACUUGAGAAAAUUACGCCUCGUCGCCAAAUUAUGGGAUGAAGUUGUCCUCUCCUUGCGCAUACCGGAAAUCCGGCUUAAUCUCAACCCUCUCAUCAGAGUUGGUCACGGUCCAUGGCGCCAGGGACCGUUCGUCUCAACGGCGUUGUCAUAUUCCAGUCUGUACCAUAAAUUAGCCAGAUCAAUCCAUGUCACCCUUCCGGCCAACGAAACCAGUGGUCCAGCAGCAGUAGCAAGUUUACUGCAAGAUAUUGAACACUUUUUAAAAUAUUUUAGUCACUCAAUUCAAUCCUUAUCUGUUCUCGGCGGGGUCAAUAUGGGGUCACUCCUACACACCUUAUUUGUCACGUGUGACCUCCCAAAUUUGAGAGAAUUGUCCAUAACCGUGGACGAUUGGAAGGUGCAAACUUCCAAUAACUUUGUAGGAAUCGACGGGUCUCGCGUUCCCGUGAAAAUUCCGGCGCAACCGAAACUCGUCAAGAUUCGAUACAUCGUCGCGACAAAAGUCAACUAUAAUUCUGCGUGCGGCGCGGAUGAGCAAAAAUUUCUACGCAACGUGAUAGCAGCCGCGCCAAAUUUGGAAGAACUAGAAAUACGGGAUGGCUACUUUUUUAUACCUGGAGAGAUUUUAGGAGGAAAAUUGAAAAGUUUCAAAUUAAAUUGGAUGAUUGACAGAAUUUCGAAUUUAGACUUGACAAGUUUGCUCAAUCUGAAUAAGUUUUUGGAGGAUGUGAGAGUUUAUUUGGAGCGGUUGGAGUUGGGCGUAGAUGUCCAAGUUUUUUCCAGGGUGUAUAAUUUUGAUCAAUUCCGGGACAAGUUUCACCUCCCGGGAGGAGGAUUACCGAAAUUGAAAAGUUUUGUGAAUGGCGGAAUGAGGAUAUUUAAGUGUCCGAUUAAAGAAUUGGAAAAAAUGGAGGGGUUGAAACAUUUGAAUUUGUGUGAAGUUCCGGAUAUCUCGCAUCGGAGGGGAAGCGUGCUGAUAAAUGGGAUCUUGAAAAGGGGUCAUGUAUGGAGAAAUGUGACCAGUUUGAGGUUGUGUGGAAUCGAAAGUUCUAGUAUGUUGGAGAGGAUUGGUCCAAUGUUUCCGUCCUUGAAGAAACUGAGUGUCACGGUGAGCGAAUGGAUGAGGUCAUCUUACUACCCGGAUAAUUUCCUGGUUAUGGUAUUCAACACGUUUGAAGGGUUAACGGGGUUGACGCAUCUCACGGUCUUGGCCCCAUUUCCCCUGCUUUUCUCAUCCUUUCUCGACUUUCUGGAGUAUCUGAGCACAUUUUCACCUGAAGUUCGACAUGUCAAACUGGAGCACUCCAGUUGUACCGAAGAUUCGGACUCGACGGAUUACAAGGUUUACCGUAUUCUUGAAGUGGACACGGUGAAUAGAGGCCGAUUUUACGGGCUUGUUCCUGCCUUGAGAAAGAGAAAUUCAACCGAGUUUUCCGGGGUGAUGUUCGGUCGUCAUUUGGGCCUAGAAUUUCGCAAGGAUUCUGAAUUUGUUCCUAUAUUCUAGCUUUACUUAGAUCCAUUGUUAAUUUAAGUCAUUUCUGUUUAUUUUUUUAUUUGUUAAAUUCAUGAUAAUUAUUAAGUUCUCCAGGAACAAAAACAGGCACUGCUCAAAAUUUCAAGAGACGCAUUUAAAUUUAAAUAGUGAGUGAACAGUCAUAAACAAAGUCAGAAAUCAUUAAAAAUAUUUUUUCCAUGUGCACACUCAAUGUGCAAAUUUUUAUAUCCAGUUAUGUAAUGAAAGCUUAUCUAAUAUCUUAUCCAUGCUUAAAACUAGAUAUCUUACCCAAAGUAGUAAAUUAUUAUAGUGAUCUGAAUACGUAUGUAUGUAUGUACACUUUAGCUUAUUUUGUCACACCAAGUGUCAAGCUGGAGUUUCAAAAGUAUCAUUAACCUUAUGUAGCCAUAAUUAAUACUUAUAUUUAUAUCGUGUUUGGUGCACACAUAUGUAUGUACAUACAUAUGGAAAGUCUACUGAUGGAAUUUGUAUUGUGAUUUGGUCCUAAAGAGUAAUAGUAUUAAUAUUUAGAGUCCCAAGUGUUCAAGUACAAUUUGGUUUAAAUGUCUCACUACAAUGGCAAAUUGUGCAAAGAGAAAAGCCCAUAAAUCUCCAUUAGCUGCGAGGAUUUUUUGAAUUUAGAUUUCUAUUGACGAUUCAACCUAAUAUCAAAACUGAUCCAACAUAAUGACGAAGUGCUUAAAAUGGUGAAUUUCAAAGGCGUAAGUUCGCUAACUAAUGAAAAUUUACGAAUUUUUUUCAAUACAAAAAUUUUCCCUUUUUGCGAGACAUUUAAACAAUUCUGCAAAGUUUUAUCUGCCGCGUAAUUGCACGUACAUGCAUACAUUUUACAUCGUGUAUGGUAAACAUGAAUGGGAGCUACAUGAAAAAAGACUUGACAGUUUUGUAAAAUAUCUAUGUAUGCAUUGAUUAUUUAGAACGUGUGCGGAUAAUACGUACGCGGAUACUGAUUUUCUAAAUUCAGAAAGUGAGAGAGAAAGAGCGACUGGCUUGAGCUACAUCCGAUAUUGGAUAGUAUAAUUACUCCUCUAAUUCUGUGAGCUACAUAUUUACAUAAGUGAAAUUGAAUGUGAUACGUAUUUAUUAUGUCAACACCAAUCAAUCAGAUUUAAAAUAAAUAAUAAUUAUAUUAAAUUUAAAUUAAA